AUGGAAGAAUUUAUUAGAAUACUCCUGCGCAUAUUCUAUGGCGGCACCAAAGCAGAAAAGCAACCCGAAGAUCAACGCAUGAACCCACCACCUGCCAUUCGUAAACAAUAUAUUGAGGAAAGCAGCGGCGAGGAAGAGAAAAGGCUGAAUCUUCACUCGAAACACUGUAUGAUUCCGUCACUCAGAACGAAAUUUCUGAAGCCGACCAAACUAGGAAACCUUUCCAUGCAGAAAUACCACGAGGGCGGCAAGGAGAUUCCUUAUAUCCAACUAGGUCGCCUAGGUGGAUUCAAUCUUCGGUUUGAGAGAGUACGAUCAAGCGUACACGCUUCGUCUAAACGCCUGCCUGCUGCAGGAGUAGUUAAAAUUUGA